AUCUGAGCAAACGAACCCAUUGCGUCUGGGCACUGCCGGCUCUGCUGGGCAUGACGCCGCGGGGGCGAACCACACGCCGGUAUAAAGGCAGUCCCAAGUUCGUCAUCUCCAAUCAUUCGAGUGUUAUCAAUUGGCAAUGGCGAAGACGCUCAUCCUGUUUGCCCUGGUGGCAGGCGCUUCCCUGUGCCAGGGACAGCUCAGUAGCCUCAUCGGCGAUGCCGCGAGCACCGUGGCGGACGGCGUCAACACCGCCAGGAACAUCGCGGGCUCCAUCAGCUCCGUGAGGGACGUCGCCGGGGAGUUCAGCAUCGGCGGCGGCAGCGGCAGCGCCCUCGGCGCCGCAAGGAACAUCGCCGGCCGCCUCAGCUCCUCCAGGAACCUCGCCGGCCAGAUCAGCACUUCUGGUGGCCUCUCUGGCGGCCUCUUUGGCGGCCUUGGGGGAGGACUCUCCGGUGGCCUCGACGCGGCCAGGAACAUUGCCAGCGGCAUCGCCGGCCGUGUCGGCGGCGGAUCGAGUGGAUCUGGCAGCCUUGCCGGAGGACUUUCUGGUGGUCUUGACGCGGUCAGGAACAUUGCUAGCGCCAUCGCCGGCCGUGUUGGUGGAUCGGGCAGCUCAAGCGGACUUACCGGAGGACUUUCUGGUGGCCUCGACGCGGCCAGGAACAUUGCUAGCGGCAUCGCCGGUCGUGUCGGCGGCGGAUCGAGUGGAUCUGGCAGCCUUGCCGGAGGACUUUCUGGUGGCCUCGACGCGGCCAGGAACAUUGCUAGCGGCAUCGCCGGCCGUGUCGGUGGAUCGGGCAGCUCAAGCGGACUUACCGGAGGACUUUCUGGUGGCCUCGACGCGGCCAGGAACAUUGCUAGCGGCAUCGCCGGCCGUGUCGGUGGAUCGGGCAGCUCAAGCGGACUUACCGGAGGACUUUCUGGUGGCCUCGACGCGGCCAGGAACAUUGCUAGCGGCAUCGCCGGCCGUGUCGGUGGAUCGGGCAGCUCAAGCGGACUUACCGGAGGACUUUCUGGUGGCCUCGACGCGGCCAGGAACAUUGCUAGCGGCAUCGCCGGUCGUGUCGGCGGCGGAUCGAGUGGAUCUGGCAGCCUUGCCGGAGGACUUUCUGGUGGCCUCGACGCGGCCAGGAACAUUGCUAGCGGCAUCGCAGGCCGUGUCGGCGGCGGAUCGAGUGGAUCUGGCAGCCUUGCCGGAGGACUUUCUGGUGGCCUCGACGCGGCCAGGAACAUUGCUAGUGGCAUCGCCGGCCGUGUCGGUGGAUCGGGCAGCUCAAGCGGACUCGCUGAAGGCAUUGCUGGAAGAAUCAGCGGAGGACUCGGUGGAGGCCUUGCCCAAGGACUUUCCGGCGGACUUUCUGGUGGCCUCGACGCCGCGAGGAACAUCGCCAGUGGCGUCAACACCGCCAGGAACGUCAUCGGUGCCGUUCGAGGGUUCAUCUCUGGAGACGACGAUGACAGCAGCAGCGAGGAGGACUCCAUCCUCGGAGGCCUUGCGGGACGCAUCGGCGGCGGCCUCGGCGGCCGUGGAGGACUCAGCCCUAUCGGGGCUCUUGCUGGUGGUCUGGGAGGCCAGAACCAGCAAGGAGGUCGCGGAGGAUUUAGUUUAGACUUCGGUAGCCAGGGUGGAGCAGGUCGUCAAGGUGGUGCCCAGGGCGGUGCUCAGGGUCGUAUCCAGGGUGGUACCCAGGGCGGCGCUCAGGGUCGUGUCCAGGGUGGCGCUCAGGGUCGUGCCGAGGGUGGUGCCCAGGGCGGCGCUCAGGGUCGUAUCCAGGGUGGUGCCCAGGGUGGCGCUCAGGGUUGUGCGGAGGGUGGUGCGCAGGGUGGCGCCCAGGGUCGUGCCCAGGGUGGCGCUCAGGGUCGUAUCCAGGGUGGCGCUCAGGGUGGUGCUCAGGGUCGUGCCCAGGGUGGCGCUCAGGGUCGUAUCCAGGGUGGCGCUCAGGGUCGUGCUCAGGAUCGUGCCCAGGGUGGCGCUCAGGGUGGUGCUCAGAUCAGUGCCGGUGGCCGUGGAGGCGCCGGCGGACAGGGUCAGGCCCAAGGUGGAGCUGGACGCGGUGGAUUCAGCCUGGGCUUCGGCAUCGGAAACCAGGGGCAGAGACAGGGCGGAGCAGGUCGCCGUGCUCAGGGCGGUGCCCAGGGCGGCGCUCAGAUCAGUGCCGGUGGCCGUGGAGGACAGGGUGGUGCCCAGGGUGCCAGUUUCGGCCUUAGCUUGGGCGGAGAACAGGGUCCUCGACAGGGCCGCAGUGCUCAGGUAGAGGCUGAAUUCGGUGGACAGGGCGGCGCUCAGGGUCAGGGUGGGUUCGGAGGUCAGGGAGGUGCCCAGGGUCAGGGUGGAUUCGGAGGACAGGGCGGCGCUCAGGGUCAGGGUAGAUUCGGCGGCCGUGGAGGUGCUCAGGGUCAGGGUGGGUUUGGAGGCCAGGGAGGAUUCGGUGGCCGUGGAGGUGCUCAGGGUCAGGGUGGGUUCGGAGGUCAGGGAGGAUUCGGCGGUCGUGGAGGUGCUCAGGGCCAGGGUGGGUUCGGAGGCCGGGGAGGAUUCGGCGGCCGUGGAGGUGCUCAGGGUCAGGGUGGGUUUGGUGGCCAGGGAGGUGCCCAGGGUCGGGGUGGAUUCGGAGGUCAGGGUGGAUUUGGCGGCCGUGGAGGUGCCCAGGGUCAGGGUGGAUUCGGAGGUCAGGGAGGUGCCCAGGGUCAGGGUGGAUUCGGAGGCCAGGGUGGUGCCCAGGGUCAGGGAGGAUUCGGCGGCCGUGGAAGUGCCCAGGGUCAGGGUGUCUUCAGAGGUCAGGGUGGUGCCCAGGGUGGAUUCCAGGGUCAGGUAGGAUUUGGCCGUGAGGGUGGUUCCCAGAGUGGAUUUGGUGGACAGGCUGAAUUCGGCGGACAGGGUGAAUUCAAUGGUGAGAUCUCUCUUCAGCGCCAGUUCUAGUAAACAUCGAUGAAAUCUUGCAUGUCGCACACGUUUGUGAAAAAAACGUGAUCAAGAAAUCAAAAUUACUUCUGUUCUUUAUUGUCAUUGAGAAACAACUAAAUUAAAGAACGUCUUCUUGUAUAUUGA